AUGAACCCUUGUGUCUCCUUUGCUCAACCUUGUCUUCUCCUGGAUACGCUUUCAGAAGAUAUCCUCUGUGAGACCCCCUUUUUCGAGCUGCAUUUGUUCAAAAAUUACAUUUCUUUACGGUUUACUUACCUCAGUAUGAGGCUCAAAUUACCUCGGUAUGAGGCUCUUAGACUUCAUGUUAGUCAUCUUUUACUUCGGUAUGAAGGUAAUACUGGAAAACUCCUACCAAUUUCUGUUCGAUAUAUUGCUCCCCAAGUAUUAUUUUCUAGAGCUGAGAUGGACAAAGAACUCAAAGAAUUUGUUGGAAACCAUCGUUAUUGUCAACCAUUGAAUUGCUUCUCACUUAUGGAGACUUCAAGAUUUAUUGUUGACAUUAAGCUUCUUUCUUUUGGUAUAUUCCCUUUCUUUGAUGUUUUUUGCACUAACCUUGUGGUGUAUUUCAAGGUUCCCAUUCACCACUUGUCUUAUGUUGUAUUGGAUACCCACUGCGAUGUCUACUCCUUUAUGGAGUGUUUGGUGUUAUCAAAAUCCCUUUUUGAAGGAUGGAAGAUGUUGGAGUUAGGAGGGAUUCACAAUAAAAUCCCCCCGGCUCAUUCGUUGGCCACUUAUCUCCUUGCAGCCACUACAUAG